GGUCCACUCCACUCUGUCAAGCAAACUCUCUUUCUUCCUCUAGCAGCACUCUUUUCUUUCUUUCUUUCUGUCUAUCUCUGCUUAGAAAUUUCUGGCUUCAACUUCAGCUCCCAUUCCCAAAAUGCAACAAAAUGCCCACCAUUCUUACUACUCUACCACGUCUUCUUCCUCCGCCUCCUUAAAAGGCUGUUGCUGCUGCCUCUUCCUCCUCUUCUCCUUCAUCGCUCUCCUCAUCCUAGCCGUUGUUUUAAUCGUAAUCCUGGCCGUCAAGCCCAAGAAGCCCCAGUUUGAUCUCCAGCAAGUUGGCGUUCAGUACAUGGGCAUCUCUGCACCCAAUCCCACCUCUCUGGACCCCACCACAACCACCAACUCUAUCUCCACUCAAACGGCUUCUCUUUCCCUCACAAUUCACAUGCUUUUCACAGCCGUCAACCCUAACAAAGUGGGCAUCAAGUACGGUGAGUCCAAGUUCACGGUAAUGUACCGAGGGAUUCCCUUGGGUAAAGCUUCGGUACCAGGGUUCUACCAGGAGGCUCACAGUGUGAGAAACGUGGAGGCCACCAUCGCCGUUGAUCGAGCCAAUUUGUUACAGGCAGAUGCCGCUAGUUUAAUCAGAGACGCUUCAUUGAAUGACCGAGUUGAGUUGAGGGUUUUGGGUGAUGUUGGCGCUAAGAUCCGUGUCUUGAGCUUCGAUUCGCCCGGCGUUCAUAGAAAAAGACUGUAUCAGAGGAACCCACUGAGUACUGUUCCCAUUCUCAUUGUGCUUUUUGGUAAACUUAGAAGAAGGCCAUUUUUUUCAUUCUUUGGAUGCUUCUGCCUUUUUCUUAUUUUCUUUUCUCAUUUUGCUCCUCUUCAUUUCGCUGACUCAUUUCUAUGCCCACCUCUUCAAGCCUUAUUAUUAACUCAGUCACUUGCUCUGAAAGGUAUUAAUUUAUCAGAAUUUUUUAUUAUUUUGGAAAGGGGUUUUAAUAUUGACUGAGAGAGUUUUUAAUUUGUUAGUAAUGAACCCUUUUUAACAAUAUGCAUUUAACACAACUCAAUCCAUUUACUUUGGAACUUAUCAUUCAAAUUCAGAGCCUGAAUAUAUUAUAUUGACUUUUUGGUAUUCAUUAUUGAAAAAUAUUUGGAAUUAAAGUGUAAGUGUCAAUUGUCCGUACUACACAUUUGUAAAAUUUAUCCUGAUUGCUAAAGGGGGAUGAGCGGUUUCCUCACCAGAAAGAAGUGGCUUUGUGUAGUUUUCUUUGGGUUUUUUCUUUUAUGUAAAAUUCGGUGGCGGUUGUGUUGGGGUUUUGGUAAUGCUCAUUAAUGCCUACUUUUUAGCUGCCUACUUUUUAGUCUUAAAAGCAUAUUAAU